AUGAUGCUUGUUGGAGACGUCGCGAACCGUACAGCAAUCCUCAUCGAUGAUCUAGCAGACACAUCAAAUACUAUCACGAGGGCUGCCAAGCUUUUGAAGAAAGAAGGCGCCAAGAAGGUCUAUGCCUUGAUCACGCAUGGAGUGCUGAGCGGAGAUGCCAUCGAGAGAAUCAACGCAUCUGCCUUGGACAGAGUCAUUGUGACCAACAGCGUACCCCAGGAGGAGCAUGAGAAGCUAUGCCCAAAGCUAGAGGUGCUCGAUGUGGGCCAUGUAUUCGCAGAGGCAAUCCGGAGAGUUCACCAUGGGGAGAGCAUCAGCGUGCUCUUCCAAUAUGAUUGA